AUUUCUUCAAACCAACCCGAGGGUCCAGAUUCACUAUUAUACCCCUUCUUCCCUAAUAACCUCCUCUCUAGAUCAUCAACUGUAUUUUGUGAAUUGUGAUUCAAUCGACCGAUUUUACUUGAAGAAUCACUCAACAAAAUGUCCAACGAAAAGGAGAGAGAAACUCAUGUUUACAUGGCGAAGCUCGCCGAACAAGCCGAGCGUUACGAAGAGAUGGUUGAAAGUAUGAAGAGUGUUGCAAAACUUAAUGUUGAACUUACUGUUGAAGAACGCAACCUACUUUCAGUUGGAUACAAGAAUGUGAUUGGUGCAAGAAGGGCAUCUUGGCGUAUCAUGUCAUCAAUUGAACAAAAAGAGGAAUCAAAAGGGAAUGAAAGCAAUGUGAACUUGAUCAAGGGAUAUCGCAAAAAGGUUGAAGAUGAACUUGCUAAAAUUUGCAGUGACAUUCUUGAAAUCAUUGAUAAGCAUCUCAUACCCUCAUCUGGAUCAGGAGAAGCUACUGUUUUCUACUACAAGAUGAAAGGCGACUACUUCAGGUACCUUGCAGAGUUCAAGACAGACCAAGAGAGGAAGGAUGCUUCUGAAAUGUCAUUGAAGGGCUAUGAGGCUGCUUCUGCUGCUGCAAAUUCAGAUCUUCCUUCAACCCACCCAAUUCGACUAGGCCUUGCCCUCAAUUUCUCAGUGUUUUAUUAUGAGAUUAUGAAUUCUCCCGAAAGGGCAUGCCAUUUGGCUAAACAAGCUUUUGAUGAGGCAAUUGCUGAGCUGGACUCAUUAAGUGAAGAAUCUUACAAGGACAGCACCUUGAUUAUGCAGCUCUUGAGAGAUAAUCUCACUCUUUGGACCUCUGAUUUGCCCGAAGAUGGAGGUGAUGAAAACCACCCAAAAGGGGAAGAAUCUAAAUCAGCUGAAACAGAGGAGAAAAAACAGUGAUGGGAGAAAAAUAGGCACUAGGCUUCUCAACUACUUAAGCUUUUACCAAAUGGAAUCACUCAAUCUUUUCAUUAGAAUUCCUUCCUUUUGUUAAUCUUAGUACCUCUCAUAAAAGAGAUUUUGGCCCCUAAUGUGUUAUGGUCUUGUUAUUAAAUUUAACAGCCUCUGUUGCCUAUCUUUCCAAGUUGUUAAAAGUCUGUUUAAGAAAAAAAAAAAGAGUAUUUGGAUUAGGUUACUCAUUGCCAAAAUGCAAUAAACUGAUAAGUUGUUUUUUA